GCGUCUCGAUGACGGUGAAACUGACGCCAAAAGCGGCACCGGACGCGCCGCGUAUCGCGUCGCCCAAGCGGGAACUUGGUGGUGACGGUUAUGCUCGCAGGAAUUUAUGGUUGGUGAUGCUUGUGGUGGUGAUGGGUGUUUGCGAGGCCGGAUUGGACAGUAUUAUUGGUGCAGAAAUUCCUAAUUUCACCAGCCCUAUUCUAAAUGUGACAGUUCCAAUUGGGAGAGAAGCCAUUUUGGAGUGUGGCGUAGACAGCUUAUCAGCAUUUAAGGUCGCCUGGCUGCGGGUGGACACCCAGACCAUCCUGACCAUCCACGGCCACGUCAUCACCAAAAAUCACCGGAUCGCCGUCACGCACACCGAGCACCGCAACUGGUAUCUGCACAUACGUGACGUCAGGGAGUCGGACAAGGGCUGGUACAUGUGUCAGAUCAACACGGACCCGAUGAAGAGCCAAGUGGGCUAUUUGAACGUUGUCGUACCACCAGAUAUUCUGGAUUAUCCGACCAGUGCUGACAUGGUUGUCAGAGAGGGAUCCAACGUCAGCAUACGUUGUGCAGCUACAGGAUCACCGGAACCCUCUAUAACGUGGAGAAGAGAAGGGGGUGAAGCUAUUCCACUACCAAAUGGACAAGAUGUGCCCACUUUUGAGGGUCCAGUUCUAAACAUCAGCAAAGUGAACCGUCUCCAUAUGGGUCCGUAUCUGUGUAUAGCUUCAAAUGGUGUUCCACCAUCCGUCAGCAAAAGAAUAAUGCUUAUUAUACAUUUUCCGCCAAUGAUCUGGAUCCAGAACCAGCUGGUAGGCGCCAUGGAAGGCCAGCAAAUCACUCUGGAGUGCCACUCGGAGGCCUAUCCUAAAUCUAUUAAUUACUGGACGAAAAACGACGGACACAUUAUUUCCCAAGGAGCCAAAUACGAACCGGUCCUGGUCGAUAACACCUACAAAGUGCAUAUGAAAUUAACCAUUAAGUCGGUGAGCAUGGCCGACUACGGAUCGUACAAGUGCACGGCCAAGAAUUCCCUCGGCGAGACAGAUGGAACGAUCAAACUUUACCAUAUACCAACACCUUCAACCCCUAAACCCACCACUACCACUACAAAAACAACUACUACAACAAAGAAAAGUCCUGUCAAACCUCGGGCAAAAAUAGAGAAAGAAAUUCCGAUCGACCUCAGCGUGAACGAAAUCGGUACAGAGGAGAUAACAAAAGAACGUGAUAUCAGUUUGCCAAGCAGCCAAGGUAGCAGAAAUAUGGAGAAAGUGGAGAAUAUUGGAGAAAUUUUCCUGUUUUCACCCACAACAUCAUCAGGAGUGUCCGCAUAUUUUGUAAAUAGUGUUUACAUGUUUAUACUUGCUCUAGUCUUAGCUUAGAGUAAACACUAAUAAUAAAUAAAAAUAAUAAUAAAUAAAAAAAAAUGUGUAAACAAAACAGUCAGGGUUCUAAAUGUAAUGUUAAAUUUCCCAAUUCGGAUUAAAAUAAGUGUAACAUACCGAAAUAUACCGAGUGACA